ACCCACACACACACAGUCAGAGAGAGAGAGAGAGAGAGAGAGAGAGAGAGAGAGAGAGGUGACGUAGCUUGUCAGUGGUCACGAGAUAUCUGGGCAAAUGUCAUUGCCUAAACUAAUGCCAGUGAGUUGGAGCGAGCUUCAGCAGCACAAAAGCCUCGCCUCCUCUGAGCUCUCAUCAUGGCCGCAGUGGACGAGGGUCAGUUUUCCAUCAUGAGUCUGGAGGAUGAGCUGACCUGCAGCAUCUGUCUGAGUACCUUUGAGUGUCCGGUGACCAUCCCCUGCGGACACAACUUCUGCCAGGACUGUCUCCUCGCCACCUGGAAGGAAACUUACAGCUGUCCUCAGUGUCGGACCCACUUCCCCACCAAACCGGAGCUGAAGAAGAACACGGUCCUCAGCACCGUGGUGGAGACCUUCAACCUGAGGUCGAGCAAGAGCGAAGAGAAAGAGGAGAAAAAAGCAAAGGAAAAGGAUGUCAUACGCUGUGACACCUGCAUGGAAGCAGAGGCGUCCCAGACCUGCCUCACCUGCAUGGCCUCUUUCUGUGAGGAGCACCUGCGUCCUCACCGGGAAAAUCCAAACUUCGCCCUCCACCAGCUGAGUGAGCCUGUCGGGGACCUGUCAGACCGCAUCUGCUCAGACCACAGCAAGCUGAUGGAGUUCUUCUGCAGCCAACAUGGCCGUCCAAUCUGCAGCCUCUGCCUCCAGCAAGUCCACAAAGGCUGCUCCUUCACGACCCCUGAGGAGCAGAGGAACCUAAAAGAGUCUGAAUUUAGAGACAAGUUGGGUUUGCUGGAUGGGAAGAUUGAGAAGACUGAGACCGUCGUGUUUCAGAUGAAUGACAUGCAGAACAAGCUGAAGGACGGGGCAGCCAAUAGAAAGGCAGCAUUGGCAGCUGUGUAUCAACAGAUGCGGGAUAUGUUGGCCCAAGAGGAACGUGAGGCCCAGAAUGAGGUGGACCGCGAGCUGGAGAUUGGUCAGACGAAACUUCGGGAUCUCGUGAAAAAGUUCACUGACAAUGUUGUGACAAUGAGAAAAGCCAGAGAAGAUAUCAACAGUCUGCUGAGUCAGUCCCAAAGCCCGGCCUUUCUACAGGCUUCAUUUGACUUGCCUAGGGUCGUAAAGUUUGAACCUCACAUGCCCAGAAUCAACCUGGACUCCAAGAAGGUGACAGCAACACAGGCUUUUGCUGGUGCACUGAAGGAACAUCUGACAGAGUCCCUAAAACUGCCUGUGGAGGCCAGACUACCAAUAAUUAAACCAGGUGAAUGUGCAGUCAUGUCCAAUUUUGUUGCAGAACUGAACACUGGCAAUGCUGCACCUGGUGAUAAAACAGCUCCUUCAGGACCUGCAAGUGCUGGGUCUCAGCCAGAAUCUGAACCACCAGAGUCUCCAGAGCAGAGAAGACCGCCCAGGUCCCACAGCCCAGGUGGUCCACCCAUUCGGCCGUAUUUCCAACCAGUCCCUGUGCCUGUUUUCAUGGGCCCACAGGCAGGCUGGAAUCCACCCCAGUAUGCUCAUGGCAUGUCACCAGGCUUUAGGCCUCCAUUUAUGGCAGGACAAAAGACAUACAAGAAAAGUGAUACCGGUCACCAACCCCACUACAACAAGAAAAGUGAUACCGGUCACCAACCCCACCACAAACCAGACAAAAAGCCACCCAGUGCUCAAGGAGGGAAAAAGCCACAGUCCGAUUCCACUAAGAAAGAUAAUCCCAAAAGACAUCCUCCUUCAGACAAAUCAACUAAACACCAUCAACGGCCUAAUAAAAAUGUCUAGAUGCAGCAGCAGAUGUAUUUACUUCUGCAGUCAUGAUACAAUGAGGGACUGUGGGAAUUGUGUAUCAUAAAAACAUGGAGAUUAUCAGAGGGAAUGACACUAUUCUUUUGCUUAAAUAAACUGUACACACACUUGAAACAGACCCAGCCCUUGGCACUUAAAUAAUAGUUGCCAUGGAUAUGUUUGAUUGUGUGAUGACAUGAGAUAUUAAAUUGUAAAUGAUUAAUAGA